GACGAUGACCACAGCGGCGGGCUCCGGCGUGGGCUUUGGCUCGGUGUCCUGGUGGGGCCUGUCCCCAGCGCUGGACCUGCAGGCCGAGCCUCCUCGUGUGGACCCCAGCUUGCAGGCGGACACCGAGCACAGCAGCCCUGACCUAGAUGUGCUGCUGCUGGGCUCUGUGGACGGGCGGCACCUACUUCGGACCCUGGCGCGGGCCGCUCUCUGGCCUCCCAGGAGAUUCAAUUUCUAUGUGCUGGAGAACAACCUGGAGGCAGUGGCCCGGCACGUGCUGCUCUUCAGCCUGGCCCUGGAGGAACCCGAGAAGAUGGGGCUGCAAGAGAGGAGCGAGACCUUCCUGGAGGUGUGGGGGAAUGCGCUGCUGCGCCCCUCGGUGGCCGCCUUCGUGCGCGCCCAGGCCCAGCGCCUGGCGCAGCUGGUGCCGGAGCCCGACCUCCUGGCGGAGCAGCUGCCCUGGCUCGACCUGGGCGCCCUCAAGUUCCGUGAGCGAGACGCGCUGGAGGCCGUGUUCCGCUUCUGGGCGGGCGGAGAGAAGGGGCCCCAGGCCUUCCCCGUGAGGCGGCUCUGGGAUUCGCGGCUGCGCCACUACCUGGGCUCCCGCUACGACGCGCGGCACGGGGUCAGCGACUGGGACCUGCGCAUGAAGCUGCACGACCGCGGGGCCCAGGUCAUCCACACGCGGGAGUUCCGACGCUGGAGGGACACCGGGGUGGCCUUUGAGCUCCGAGACUCCAGCGCCUACAGAGUGCCCAACCGAACCCUGGCGUCCGGCCGCCUCCUGAUCCACCGCGGGGAGCGCAUGGUGGCGUGCGGGUACUGGGGGGACAUCGCCACGGGGCCCUUCGUGGGCUUUGGCAUCGAAGCCGAUGACAAGGAGCUCCUGCGGACCAGCAACGGACAGCCGGUCAAGUCCGCGGGCGAGAUCACGCAGCACAAUGUGACGGAGCUGUUACGGGAGAUGGCCGCCUGGGGGCGCCCGAGAGCCGCCGAGGGCCAGGAGCGAAGCCCCGUGCCGCCGCCCGCAGGUGAGCCGGGGGCGCCAGCGGCAGCCCCCCCAUGCUUCUCCAUCCACUUCCUGCCGCUGGGCUCCGCGCAGGCUUUGCACCGCAAAGGCUGCUACAGAGGCCGCUUCCAGCUGCUCUACGUGGCCUGCGGGAUGGUCCAGCAGCUCAGCCCCGAGCUGGGCGUCUGCGUGGCCCCCGGAGGCAGCCUGAUUGUGGAACUGGCCCGGUACCUGGUGGACCUGCGGCAGCAGCAGCUGCAAGAGUUCUGCUCCCGCGUCGGCCAGCAGGCCCGGGCGGCGGGGUUCACCGCACAGCACCAGGCCGGCCCCUCGGACACCUUCGCUCGCUUCUGCAAGCCCCGGGAGUCCGGGGCCCCGCCCUCGGAGCACCUGGCCACGCCCCCUGGAGCCCCGACCCCGCCUCCCGAGGCGGAGAGCCCGCCCACUGAGGACCUGGUCCCUUCCCCUGAAGUCCAGGCUCCACCUCCCAAGACAGAGAGCCCGCCCCUUGAGCACUUGGCCACACCCCCAGAAUGUCCGGCCCCGCCUCCAGAGGCAGAGAGCCUGCCCAUUGGUCACGCCCCCUGAAGGCCAGGCCCCGCCCCAUGGAGCCAUGGCUCUGCCUCCUAAGGCAGAGAGCCUGCC